AUGGACGACGUGGCUACUAUCAUAAAGGCCAUUCAAGAGAAAGAAUCUCUGGAGCCACAGCUCCGAAAGAAUUGGUUGUUGCGUAAAGGCACUCAACUGCAACUUUUUGGCGAACUGACAGGUGAAUGGGGUGGCGAUCCCGUUUGUCUGGGUUUUGAUACGCGCGUACAGCUGAUGGAGAGUCGUGCAGGCGAGAGUGAUCUUGAGAGCGCUGGCAACAAUGAGCGCUCAAUUAAUGUGAUUGUCCCAGCUUAUGGUUCUUGUCGUGUGCCAGAAAGUUGCCUUGUGGAAGGGCCGGACGAAGCCUUUGAAGCACAAGCAGCGUCAAUUGGAGGGCCUCUGAAAUCGCUCGCUCUGUAUCCUGACGCGCAGUUUGACCACGCUAUCGGGAUGAAUACUUUGCUGCAGCAGAGCGGGUGGUCGCUUGAGCACCUCUAUCUACAUUUGUACGGAGAAGUUGACGAUGAUGUGGUGGCCAUCGUUCUUCGUGCAUGCCCUCAAUUAACAAGUCUAGGGAUUGAGGCAAGCUUUAUUUCCUUGAAUCGUUUGGCCUCUACCUAUGAAGAUUUCAGCCAACGUGGAGAAAAUUGCCCGGCCAUAUCUAGCAUGACGUUCGAUCCUGUGGACAGCAUCGGGGAAGACCACGGUCUGGAAUUUAUGAGAAAUUUAGGAGAUCCAACGACGCAUCUGGCAAAACAUUUGAAGGAGCUUGUCAUUUACACCCCUGCCGAAUCCGGUUCAGUGAAUAACGCCACUCUCGGGGAGCUGUAUCUGGCGUUGACGAACAACACGAAACUCGAGACGGUGCUGAUCGCUAUUUCACCGUUGCCACCAUCUCUGAGGGCCUGGGAGAAGCGCUUUAGCCAAUUCAACGGACAGUUGAUACAGCCACAGCCGCUAGAACGAGAGUCCAAACUGGCGUUUCUUAGCGCGACUUACGGUGGAAUGCGGGCUAUUCAACGUCUGGAUCGACGUAUUCUUUCGCUCAUUUUUGAGCUCGCAGCCAUGCGUGUGAUCCGGUCAGUGAACUUUACGCAUGGCUAG